CUUAUUUAUCAUGUAACAAUUCAUAUAUUUUUCUGUUAUCAUUAUUCUUCCUACUGAAUUUGAGUUAUAUUGCUAUAUAUUAUUUAAUUAUUAUACAGUACCAGCAGCCUGACUUUAUGCAAUAAUGAAUCAACAUUUUAUUAUCAUUACACUAUUUAUAUAAUAAAUUAUCAUUUGUUUGGCAGAUGCCCAGGAAAAAGAAAGUUUUCAUCGGCAGUCGACGGAAGGGCUACUCAAAGUGGGGUCCGAAACAAAAAGGUGUCAGUUCUUCCUCUCUCUCUGACAUUCUUAUCCAUCAGUUCAAUCAACUGUUCUCGACGAUUGCAGUUCAAGAGAUGCACUGUGGGACAAAGCAUGGAAGUCAUUCUUCAUUGACUUCACCGAUGAACCCACAGAUACCCCAUGCCUGGAAGAAGCGAAAGAAUCUGAUGGUUGUUCGGCUGAUGAAUUCUUUGGGUUUAUUUGACACAAUUCACCAGUAUGAUCCGGACAACAAUGUAGAUGAAUUUGUUGAUGGCAUCCUGCGAUACCAGCAAUAUUUAACAUUAAAAAAGGAGCUGUUUCAGCAUGUAGAUGAGCUAGGCAAUUUUACAAUUGCAAGAAACAAGCAUGAAAACAUUACUAUUGUGCAGUUUUAUGACUGA